AUGACGGCGGCGGCCCCGACGCCCAAGGCGGUGGUGCACCAGCGGUUCGGCGCCAAGGCGCGGUACACGGUCGAGGAGGUGCGGGAGGCCGUGGGCGGCUGCCCGGGCCUCGCGCCGCAGACCAGGAGCGUCUACCGCUGCGCGCUCGACCUCCCGGGCCUCUCCGUCGCCACGCCCGGCACCUUCCUCAGGAAGAAGGACGCCGAGCAGGCCGCCGCGCAGAUCGCGCUCGACAAGCUUGGUAUUCAGCCAACGGCAAAUAUACCCAGUACACCCCAAGAAGCUUGGGAUGAACUGAUUGCUCGCAUAUCUGGUUUUUUCAUAGAUGAGAACUUCCUAUCAUCUACCCAUCCUCUUGUUGGCCACUUGUGUGUGACUCUCAGGAGAACUGGAGAUCUCAUUGGGAGGAUACCUCUGCCGGCUAUUGCUGCAUGUGAUGUGAAGGUCAAUACAUUGUGUAAAGUGAUCGACCAUAGGGCAGAAUUUGAUCCUCUCUUGGUUUUGUCAUUGAUGUACAAUGCUGCGAAACAAUCUCCUGGAGUCUCUGUUAGUGACAGCAACUUCUGGAUUCAGAGUGAAAAGCCCUAUUCUCCAGAGGCUGUUGAGUUGGCACUUGAGCGUUGGUCUGGUACAACAAAACCUGUAGAAGUAGAAGUGAUUCUUGUUCCCCACGUGUUGGAGGAUGAACUGAAGACAGUAAGAAUUAAUCUACGAGAUUAUGAACAUUAUAUGAGUUAUGUUGCAGCAGAGCUCUCAGCAAUUGAUUCCUCUCAUGUUCUUGUAUCAAGAACAAUUGGAAAAGCAUCUUCUGAGAUAAGGCUGUAUUUUGCAGCCCCAAAUAUACAUGUUGUUUCUGAUAUAUCAAAAAAUGCGCUUGCUUGUCAUGGAGAUGGUGACAUCAACUGGCAAGUAAAUAAGCGAGCUUCCUAUAUUUGUGGCCAAACAAUUUAUGGAGAUGCGCUCUUGGCAAAUAUCGGAUACACAAGGAGAGAUUCAGAACUUCACACCGAAGAUGUCAAUCUAUGUACCUAUUACAGGAUACUUCUGGGCAAGUUACCUGAUGGAAAUUGUAAGAUGUCUAGGGACUCGAUUCUUGCAGCGCAGCUUCCAUCUGCAUACUCUCGUUUUAGUUGGAAAGGCCUCUCUCCACGAGAUCUCCUUUGCUCAUUUUGUCGCCUCCAGAGGUUGCCAGAGCCCCAGUUUGCUGUCAGUAGGGUCUCCUGUGAUAUGUUAAUGUCAGCUGUGAGCUCUGAAGAAAGAGGAGCACCAGCAGACAGUGUAGAAAAUCAGUACACCAAUGAUGUCAGGAUCAACAAGGAAACCCCAGACCUUUUUAAAUGUGAAGUGAACAUACGUUCACGGAAGCAAGAGAUUUUACUAGAGUAUUCUGCAGCUGACACUUGGAGCAAGGAAUCUGAUGCUAUUCAGAAUUCUGCAUUGAAGGUCUUGAUUUGGUUCAAUAAUUAUUUUAAAAAACUAACCUCAAAAACAGACAAGCUAUAUCUUUCUGAGUGUACUGAUGGUGUCAAGAUACAUUCAAAUAUUUUUCUGCAAGAGUUUGCAAUGUGCCUAUCUGUUUAUGGCAAGACCGGAGGCAAUGAUUCAGCAAUGUGCAAUGCAGUUGGACCAUUUUCUAUGGAUACACAAAGGAAGCACCUUGAAAGCACUGCAAAGUUAACACACAUUGACGGUCCGGACUCUGGUGUUUUCCCGUCCCACGGAUCGUUGACUUCUAUAAGCUAUACUGCUUCCCUUGUGACGAAGGAUAAAGCAAAAACAUAUUUGUUGGAGAGCCGCGAUGAGUUUGAGUUUGAGAUUGGGACGGGUGCUGUUAGUAAUCAGCUUGAAUCAUGUGUAACUCAGCUGUCAGUGAAUCAAACUGCAUGUUUUCUAGCUGAACUGCCUCCUAGGGAUUUAAUCAUGGCUGCAGCUUUUGAGGUCUCACAUGACCUCUCCAAUGUAUCUAUCGAGAGCUGCUUCCUGGAGUUCUUUGUAAAGGUUCUGCAGGUAACUGAACCAUUAGAAGAUAGAAUGGAGAAAGCCUUGUUCAGUCCUCCAUUAUCUAAACAAAGAGUUGAAUUUGCUGUACGGCACAUCAACGAGCUGCAUGCUACCACACUUGUUGAUUUUGGCUGUGGAUCUGGUAGCCUUCUUGAUUCAUUGUUAGAGCAUCCAACCACGCUAGAAAAGCUUGUCGGUGUUGAUAUUUCUCGAAAAGGCCUCACACGUGCAGCAAAGAGCCUUCAUCAGAAGCUGAGCAAGAAAUCGAUGAUGCAGACAAAUGUUCCAACUGCUGUGCUCUAUGACGGAUCAAUAACAGACUAUGAUUCUCGCUUAUAUGGGUUUGAUAUUGGCACUUGUCUUGAGGUGAUCGAGCACGUUGAGGAGGACCAAGCGACUUUAUUUGGCAAUGUCGUCUUGAGCUCAUUCCGCCCAACGGUGCUCAUUGUUUCCACACCCAACUACGAAUACAACCCUAUCCUCCAGGGGUCAGCUAUGCCCAACAAGGAUGACGAGGCAGACGAAAGCGUUGGUCCCUGCAAGUUCCGCAACCACGACCACAAGUUCGAGUGGACCAGGGCACAGUUCCAGUGCUGGGCUACUGGCCUCGCGGUGAAGCAUAACUACAGCGUGGAAUUCUCUGGCGUCGGCGGCUCAGGUGAGGAACCAGGCUACGCUUCCCAGAUCGCUGUUUUCAGAAGAAUGAUGCAGGGUCAGGAAGCAAUGUGCCUGGACAAAGAUGGUGAUCAACCUUACGAGGUUCUCUGGGAGUGGCCUAACGCGUGA